UGAAAAAAACUUCUAUUAACCUGCAAAUGCCACUAAACGAAAAAUCGGUGAUAAGUAUUUAUAAGAACGGAUUACAAUAGUGUUAAAGUCGUGAAAGAAGCAGUAACAAACGAGCUAUUCGAUGUUUUGGUACGUUAUUGAUCGCAAUUCUUCAGAAGAUUAAAACUUGGAUUUUCAUGCAAUCGUAAGUUAAAGAACGCUUGAAGAUGGCUGUGGGUGGAACGAAAGUCGUUCAAGUAACGAACAUUGCACCCCAAGCAACUAAAGAUCAGAUGCAAACGCUCUUUGGUUUCCUGGGGAAAAUCGAAGAUAUUCGUUUGUAUCCAACUAUUCGGGAUGUUUCCUGUCCUGUGCAAUCAAGAAUUUGUUACAUCAAGUUCAUGGAUUCUGUUACUGUGGGUAUAGCUCAACACAUGACGAAUACAGUAUUUAUUGACAGAGCAUUGAUAGUUAUACCGGUCCAGAAUGGUGAUAUACCUGAUGAAUACUAUGCAUUAGAAAUGACGAAGAAUGGAGCUAUAGUGCCAGGAUUAUGUCCAUCAGAGCCAAAACUGCCACCGAAUGUUGUAAAUUCUGUGAGUGGGUCAGGAAUUGAACAAGUUAUUAUGACUACUGAUCCGCAACUCGAAGCUAAUGGUCUAUCUCCUUAUCCACCAUUACCAGCAAAUUACGAUAGCUGCAAAAUUGAGGAGAUCCGAAGAACUGUGCUAGCUGGAAAUAUUGAACCUGCAACACCACCAUCUGAAAUUAUUGAAUUGUUUGUGCCUGCGGGUGAGAUUAAAUAUUUGAGAAUCUGCACCAGAACAUCAGAUGGUUCAUCCUAUGUUUUAAUUGAGUUUAGUGAACAGCAAUGCGUUUUGGAGGCACUGAAAUUAUCUGGAACUAAAUUCAAAGGCAAAACCAUAACUGUUAAUCAUUCUACUCAAGCAAUUGUUAAACCACAAGCGAAGAGCAAUGAGGCUGCCCAGAGAGAAAUUGAAGAGGCCAUGUCUCGGGUUAAAGAAGCCCAAAGCUUGAUAUCGGCUGCUAUCGAUCCGGUCAUUGGCAUGCUUUCGAAAGACAAGAGAGGUUCCCGAAGAUCUAGAUCGCGUUCAAGAGGAAGACGCAGGAGGUCGCGUUCUCGUUCCAGGUCUAGAAGGUCAAGAUCCCGUGAGAGAAGGCGUCGAUCGAGGUCGCGAUCCAGAGAUCGCAGGAAACGUUCUAGGUCUAGGAGACGUUCCAGAUCUCGCUCUAGGCGUUCUAGGUCCAGAAGGUCUAGAUCCAGAAGGUCCAGAUCCAGGUCCAAGUCUCGCUCGAAAUCAAGCCGAAAGGAUCGUCGCAAGUCGAAAGAUCGUACGCGUGAGAAAUCCAGAGAACGUAGAUCAAGGGAUAAAGACAACAGGGAUCGUUCGAGGGAGAGAUCAUCUAAACGCGAAGAGAAAGAUAAGGACAGGGGAAAGUCUAGGUGCAAAUCCAAGGAUAAAGAUAGAUCCCGGGAGAAGGAAAUCAGGGAUAAAAAGAGCGACAGGGAUAGCACGGAUAAAGAAGAUAAAUCCGUGAGCGAGAAGAAAAGUUCUCGUUCGCCGUCUCGCAGCAAGUACAGAUCGAAAUCGAGAGAUCGCAAGGACAAGAAGCGAUCCCGUUCAACGGAAAGAGAGAAGAGACGUCGAAGCGCUUCGAGGGAGAGAAGAAGGAAGCGCAGCAGGUCCAAGAGCAAGGACAAGAAGAAGCGCGAGAGACGUGACAAGGAAAGAUCUCAUUCGAGAUCGAAAGUUCCGAGAAACUACGACGAGGAAGAAAAGGGGUUUGACGCUGAUAAAGAUCCCAAUAUUAACAAUCACGAUGUAAAGGAUGAGAAGGAGUCUUCUGUUAAAUCAGAGAAUAUGGACAUCUCCAAUUCACCUUAGGACAAUUUAACUUAACACAGAAAUAAGUUUGUCAGUUUUGUCGAUGUUGUGUAUAUACAUGGAAGUACCCAUGAGGUCUCCAUUUUUUUUUUUAAAUAAGCUGUUUUCUUAUUUUAAUAUCCUUAGCAUGAAGAUAAAGUUGCAUUUUUGCAUACUAUAUAAACUUAUUAAUUAAUUUUGCGUUUAUAA